AUGGCUCUAAUGUGUAGCGACACAACAACCCAGAUCCUGCUGCUGCUGCUGCUGCUGGACAUGAUCCUGAGUGGGCUGAACGACAACAACCGCACACUGGUGGAUUCUCACAUUCCUCCACUAAAAACGCUCCUCCUCUCUGCUCCCGGUGCCAAACCUCUCCGCAAUCCCACACCCCUUACUUUGCCGAGAGACAAGAGGCCCUUUUUUGUGGUGACGGGAAACAACAUGGCUGAUGUUGCCGUCGACAGGGGAAGCAAGGGAAUUGUGAUCAGCGAUGACUGUCCGGGGUACAGCUUAGACCUCUUCAGCUACCCAGCUCACUACUCCGGAGACCUAGACUGUGUCAUCAUCCCGCAUGGCGUCAUAAUGGACAGGACGGAGCGUCUGGCUCGAAACAUCAUGGACGACCUGGGCGACCACGACAUCGUGGUGCUGUGUGUGCUGAAAGGCGGCUACCAGUUCUGCGCCGACCUGGUGGACAGGAUCAAGAUUCUCAGCCGCAACUCCAGCCACACCAUCCCCAUGAGGGUCCACUUCAUUCGUCUCAAGAGUUACCUGAAUGACCAGUCGACAGAGGACCUUCACAUACUGGGAGCAGAGGAUCUGUCUUUUUUAGCUGGAAAGAACGUACUGAUCGUGGAGGGCAUUGUGGGCACCGGAAAGACAAUGAAGACUCUCCUGAAGCACGUCGAAGCCUUCAAGCCAAAAAUGAUUAAAGUCGCAGGAUUGCUGGUAAAGAGAGUGCAACACAGCUCAGCAUGUGUUCCUGACUAUUAUGGCUUUGAGAUACCCAAUCGUUUUGUGGUUGGAUAUGCCUUGGACUACAAUGAGUAUUUUAGAGACCUCAAUCACAUUUGUGUGAUCAGCGAAAAUGGGAAGAAGAAAUAUAAAAUCUGAGGAGAGGGCAGUGACAAAGAUGACUGUCCACCAGUAGUUUGAAAACACCAUACACUCACAGCUGCUAUGAUAACAUGUAAUCACGAUCAUACCUGUAAAAAAUUAGAUCUUGUUAACAAGCAUGUAUGUACUCACACAUGCAUGUUUAACUGGCGAAACGAGCAAAUCUAUUCUCUGUGUUAGCAACAUAUUUGGUUGGUUUGUGUUUACUACAAGGAAACUUCUUUUGUUUGUUUUUGUGAUUCUGAAACCGUGUUCUCUACUGUUUGUUAACCAUAGCUAACGACUUGAUGACUAAAUAUAAUGUGAAAAUUAGAGAGAUUUCUUCUUUGAUUUGAUAGGAAAAAGUUAUAUAAAAUGCUGUAGUCUCCAAUAGUACAUUGUGCAUUUAAAGUUUUUACAACGGAGUACUGUUAACAUUUAGAGAGCUAACUACCUCUUUUUUUAGCAUUAGAUACAAGGUACUUUGUGAGUGCUGAUGUAUUUCUUUUGACAAUUUCUUAUACAAUAAAAAUGUCUUUCAUAUUUCUGUGUUGCAAGUUGUUCCCCUCAUGAUCUUAGUAAUGAAUUUGAAUUGGUUUCUUGGUUGAGCUCACAAGAUAGAAGGGCCA